AUGCCUGAGCCAGGACCGUCGUCUGCGCCAAAGCUCUCGUUCGGUCUCAAGCCUGUUGCGACCCCACACAAGAUUGCGACGAAGCCGACCAUCUCACCAGCUGCCGGUGCUUUCGACGACGAGAGCGCAGAGGAGAACGACGAGCGGCACGAAUCGAAAUCUUCCACUGUCGGUGAUCGACGCAAAGCACGAGACAGGAACAUUCAUCUCCACGGCCUAGCACCUGUCAAAUUAGCGACGCCAGCCACGCGCACCGAGAAGAAGAAGCGACAGGAGGCAGAGCAGCUCGAUGCUUCCAUCUUUGACUAUGACGGUGUCUACGAUACCAUCAAGGAUGCAGAGCGCAAAGUCAAGCAAGCCAAGUUAGCCCAAGAUGCUGACAAGAAGCCCAAAUAUGUCGAUGGCAUCCUCGAAUCGGCGGAGCUGCGCAAACGCGACCGGUUGCGGGCCGAGGCGCGUACGAUUCAGAAGCAGCGUCAAGCAGAAGGUGACGAAUUUGCAGACAAGGAGUCGUUCGUGACCAACGCGUAUAAGGAACAGCAAGCUGAGCUCGCCAAAGCGGAAGAGCAGCGGGACAAGGAGGAGGAAAAGGAACGUUCAACGAGCAAAGGAAUGGGCUCCUUCUACCGUGAUAUGCUCAGCGAGAACAACGCAGCAAGGGACGCAGCCAUCGCCGCAUCGCUGGCCCAAAAGUCCUCCGCACCGUCUGGGUCCGAAGCUUCACCGAGGCAGGAAGAGCGCGAGAGGACUGAUGUGGACUUGGCCGACGAAGCACGGCAAAGAGGCCUCGCGGUGGAACUCAACGACGACAACCAGAUCGUCGACAAGCGCUCGCUGCUGACUACAGGUCUCAACAUCGUAUCCAAGCGCCAAAGAAACACCAGAGACGAGUCUGCUGCCUCUUCAGAUCGAGACAGCCGCGAGUCGAGGAGGGAGCGCGACCAGAGACGUCAAGAAGAGUACGAAGCCCGCAUGAAUCGGGAUGCGCAGCGGUCACGGCAGAGCGCACUCAUUGAGGAGCAGAUGCUCGAGCGCGAAAGAAAGCGCGCGCUGGAAGAGGAGGAGGAGCAGCGACGUGAGAAGAGCAAGAUCGACGCCAAGCGCAACGACGAUGAUUCCAUCUCGCAGGCCAAGCAGAGGUAUCUGGAGCGCAAAAAGCAGCGAUUGGCAGCUGAAAAUGCGUCGUCGUCUUGA